UUCUCCUCAUCUUUCCGUAUCAUCAUCAUCUUCUUCAGCUCUUUUGCAGAACAAAAAUGGCGAAAUUUGGGUUUCUAUUGCUAAUCCUUCUAUAUGUUCUCCUACCUCAUGUCCAUGCUUUUACUGCUUCAGGCUGGACCAGUGCUCAUGCCACCUUCUAUGGUGGCAGUGAUGCUUCUGGAACAAUGGGGGGUGCUUGUGGAUAUGGUAACUUGUACUCUACGGGAUAUGGUACAAGAACUGCUGCACUAAGUACUGCUCUCUUCAACGACGGCGCCGCCUGCGGCCAAUGCUACAAACUCAUAUGCGAUUACAAGGCGGACCCACGGUGGUGCAUCAAAGGAACGUCGGUAACAAUCACCGCCACAAACUUCUGCCCACCAAAUUUUGCUCAGCCGAGUGACGACGGAGGAUGGUGCAACCCGCCGCGAGAGCAUUUCGACAUGGCGCAACCUGCGUGGGAGAAAAUCGGAAUCUACAGAGGCGGAAUCGUCCCAAUUAUCUACCAAAGAGUUCCGUGUAAGAAACACGGCGGAGUUAGGUUCACCGUUAAUGGCAGAGACUACUUCGAGCUUGUUCUGAUAAGCAACAUCGGCGCCGCUGGAUCGAUUCAGUCGGUGAAAGUGAAGGGAUCGAAAACGGGAUGGAUGGCGAUGUCGAGAAAUUGGGGAGCUAAUUGGCAAUCGAAUUCCUACUUGAAUGGUCAAUCGAUGUCGUUCAUGGUGACGACCACCGACGGUGUGACGAAAACGUUUUCCGAUAUUGUUCCGGCGAAUUGGGGAUUCGGUCAGACGUUCUCGAGCCCGGUCCAGUUCUAAAUUGAACCGGGUUUAGGGUUUAAUGAAGGGCAGCGGCGUGCUUACUGUUUUUGUGAAAGCAAGCAGCCCGCCGGUCGGAUUUCUCUAUUGUUUUAUUAAAUAUUUGAUGCGAGUUUUAUAAUUAAUGAGUGUGAAAAAAUAUUUUUUAUUGCUUUUACAUCAUAAUGGAUAAGAACCAGAUAAAAUUAUUUUUUAUUAUAUGUUUUGUGUGAAAAAUGAAAUUAGUUAUGAAAUAAUUGAUGCAAGGCUAUCAUUUUAUUGUUUUUGUGAUUGCUACAACCUUUUAUGAAAAUAAAACGAUAAAUUGUGUAUUUA